ACAACAACAACAACGUUUUCCAAGGCAGAAAAACAGACAGCGGGUAAUACUGUCCCUCGACCUUUUGGCUAAGAUCAAAGUGGGUAUAUCUCUGGCUGCCAGUGAAGAAGUGAGCGGAUUUUUUAAUACUUUACUACAAGAUGAACGGGCAUAAGUUCUCCCUGUCGUUCAGCAAGAGGAUAGAGAAGAAAUCCCUGCAACCCUCAGCCCUGGGGAGUGAGGGCAGGGCGGAGGUGAAGCGCUCGCCCCAGGCCCUGCUCGCUGUGGACCAGGACUCCCUCAAAGUAAAUGAGAAUGCAGAGGAGGAGGAGCUAGUCAUCCCGCUCCUGCAGGCCAAGAGGUCUGCAGUGUUGAGUCGUCUGGCCAAACUGCAACAGGAAGAUGGAGGGAAGGAAGGUGAAGGGAAGAAGGAAGAGGAGACUGCUCAGGAGAAUCAAGAGGACAGCAAGCCCCUCACACUGGAGGAAAAAGCUGAACGUGCUCUUCUGGAAGAGAGCAAGAGGAGGCUGGACGAAUGGACUACACGGGAUGUCAAGAAGGACAUUACCAUCCCUGCUGAAGACCCCCUCUCAGCCCCGCUGACAGACAUUGGCAAGGAGUCCACACUGGAUGACUAUGAUGAGAUUGCAGUGGAGUGUUUCGGCGCCGCUAUCCUGAGAGGCAUGGGUUGGAAGAAAUCCGAGGGCAUUGGUGGCAGAGAGAAAAAAGUAAUAGAAAUUAUUGAUCCCUCCACCAAGACCCUAGGCUCCAGUGAGGGGAAGCAAGCCACAGCACAGAAGAAAGAAGGAGAGGAAGUGGAGGAUGAGGAGGAGCUUCCCAUUGUCAAGGGUGCCUAUGUCUUCCUCCACAGUGGCCGUCAUCGAGGCACUUAUGGGGUGGUUGAGGUGGUGGAUGAGGACCACUUACUGAUAAGGGCAGCGGUGGGACAGGCAAUGGUGAGGGAGGUGGAGGGCAACCUGCGCGUGGCCACUCAGAAGGAAUACCGGGAGUCCUCACGUGUCAUCAAUAAGGAAAUGUACGAUAAGUUUAAGGAAGCUGAAAUGAAGAAAAAUGAAGCAAAGAAGAAAAUGCACUGUGAGGAGGACAAAGAAGGUAGUGGGAGUGACAGAGACAGAAAGGGCUCUCAGAAGACAAAGAGCAAAGACAUAGAAGAAUCCCACAGAGAAGAAUCCCACAGAGAAACAGACUCCAAAAAUGUCAAAGUGAAACAAGAGAGUGGUGAGGAGGAUAAGAACAGAAAACAAGGGGAAAGAGAUAGUGAGAGGCAGAGAAGCAAGAAUGAAAAAGAGAGAGAUGAAACAGAAGGGAGGCUGAGAGAGAACAGCAAGAAACAGAAAGAAAGGGAUAAUGAGAGAUCCAGAGACAGGGACGAUGAGAGACAGAGAGACCGAGACAAAGAGAGGCAGAGGAGACCCAGGGAAAAGGAAGCCGAGAAGCAGAGAUAUAAGGAGAGCAAGCAAGAGUACAGCAAAGAAGAAAGGAAAGACAAACAUCAGGACCACAGAGAGAGUGACAGGAAGACUUGGGACCCACAGGCAAGGCUGCACAAGGACACACAAGCAUCAGGAGGCAAGAAGAGACAAAAGGAAUUCACUGAAGCACAAGAGACAAAAGCAAAGCAGCAGAGAAUGAUGGUGCCACCUUGGGUCCGGGAAAAUUUACGAGUGCGAAUUAUCAACAAGAACUACAAGGGAGGGAAAUACCAUAAGCAAAAGGUGGUGGUGGUGAGUGUGGUGACGGCUGAGAGCUGUGAGUGUGUGGCAGAGGGUGGCCGGCUCCUGGGUGGUGUUGACCCUGCCUGGCUGGAGACGGUGAUCCCCAAGCAGCCGCCAAUGGUGGUGAUGGUGGUGCGUGGACGACACAGUGGACAGAAAGGACGCAUCUUACAGUUGCACAAGGAUCAGGAGAAGGCGUCCAUUCAACUCCUUGAGGACGAGACCACUAUCCUCAAACUCCAUUAUGAUGACAUCUGUGAAUUUGUGGUCAGAUAAUGAUCUGGUGAUGCCUGAGGAAACACCUGCCAAAAUCUCCUCAGGUAAAGGUCUAAGAAUGAUCUGACAAAGGGUAAUGUUGGGUCAUCUUUCACAACCAUGUGUGUCCUUGUACAAAGAGAUAUGUAUAUUUUUCCUUUGUAUGGCCCUUUUUAAGAGAGAGAGAGAGAGAGAGAGAGAGAGAGAGAGAGAGAGAGAGAGAGAGAGAGAGAGAGAGAGAGAGAGAGAGAGUUAUCAUAGGGUGGAUGUUACUGCAGUAAAUUAUUGCGAUAAAUUAUCACGAUAAUUAAUCGAUAACAACAUUGGGUUAUUGGUUAUCCGAUAAUUAUUUUUCCUGCAUUAUCGAUUCACUGGUAUUGCUGAUACUUUUGGUUUCAAACUAGUAAAAAACAAUAAUUUUAAUUUUUGGAACAUGAACCAAAUAUAGUUAUUUUACUUAAAAAGUACUUUUCAUUAGUGGAGAGACAGGAUUGAAUUGAAUUUUUUUCUAAGAUUUUUCUAAGUUUUCUAAGAUAAAAAUAAAAAUAAUGAUUUGGAUUUAUCAAUUUUUUAAUUUAAAAUAUCAGUAUUGUUAUCGCUAGUACUAGAAUUUUGGAUUUAUCAAUUUAUCUCAAUUAUUGGGUGAUAAAUUAAUCACCAGUUAUCAGUUAUUGCUGAUAAGGUUAUCGUUAUUGAUUUAUCGUGGUAAAUUUUUGUUAUUGCGCCCAGCUAUGGAGGUUAUGAUACAUAGAUAAUCACAUAAUAAAAAGGAUUACUA